AUGUCGUCAUCGCAGGAUUCUGCUACAAAGUUUAAGAGGAGAGCGACAGUUUCGUCUUUAUAUACAAACUACCAGAUCGCAAACGGAGCCGUUCUUCCAGAGAUUACACUCCAAGAUGGUAAGGACAAUGUAGACUCUGAGCAAUUCUUCAAUGAGUAUAUAAGGUUGCGGAAGCCAGUCAAAUUGGUCUCGGGUCUGGGUUCUACCCAAACGCCCGUUGAUCUCAAGGCAUUUGACCCAUCCAGAAUUCUAGAUACUUUAGAUUAUUCUGAUGAGCUUCAGAUCGAGAGGAAAAUCAACGAUGGCUUUGGUUCUGGUGAGAAGAGAGUCAAGAUGACUUUGCACAAGCUAUUGGAUGUUUUCAAGCAGGGCAAUUCUGAUUACUAUUUGACUACGCAAUAUGAUUUUGAUGAUCCUGAUUUUGAAGACUCAUAUAAGGAAGACGAAGAAGAGGAACAUGAAGAUGACGAAGACGACGAAGACGAAGAUGACGAAGACGAAGACCUUCCGAAGAUCACUUUCAAUGCUUCUUUCUCAGACACAUCCUCCGUAGACUCAAUAGACAUGAAUAACUUACGGGACGACUUUCUCGAUAGCGAGGACGAUCAAGAACCUGUUAUCGACGAGGACCUCAACAUAAACCAAUCAGAGUACGAACAAAGACUCAAAGAUUUACUACAGCCUCCGCUUACUAAAUUGGUGAAUAAGCCACAAACCUUGCCAAUUAUCCCUGAGUUAUUUUCUACGUUGAUUCCUCAACAAAUCAACUUAUGGAUGGGACAUGCAAAGUCUGGCCAAGCUUCAAAGAUCCAAUUGAAUCCUCAAGAUCCAAAGACUUAUGGGCUAGGAAAGUCUAUACCGGGUUCCAGAAAUGGAACAUCUUCAGGAUUGCACCACGACCAUGCAGACAAUUUGUAUAUCCUUGUUUCUGGGAUCAAGAGAUUCACACUCUUCAGUCCAGCUGAUGCACUCAAGUUGUACACUGUAGGUACCAUAUAUAAGAUCUACAACAGUGGAAUCAUUGACUACGAAAAUAACGAGUUUGCACCAGAAUGGAAGCAUAUACGUGACGAUGGUGCCAUGGUCGAAGAUGUGUUGAACUGGAGAUUGAAAUGCGACCAAUCAGAUAGUACCGAAAUCAAAAGCAUCGAGAAGCAAUUGCAGUCUUUGUCUAAACAAUCUGCCUUGAAACUAAAUAAUAAGGAUGAAAAAGAGGAUCCUCCUAACUUUUCGAGGAUCCCUCCUGCCUUAUUGCACAUUGAAGAAUUCACUGAUCCCGAAAUGCGCAAGAAAUUGACCGCCUUCGCCAAUGAAAAGUUCCCUGGGUUCCUCGACUUGAACAGUUUCACUGUCUGGCUCAACCCAGGCGAGAUGUUGUACUUGCCUGCUGGCUGGUUUCACGAAGUUUCAAGUUUUGGUGGUGAUGAUAUUUCGCAGUCAGAGUCAGGUUUGCACAACAUUCAUAUUGCACUUAACUACUGGUUUGUGCCUCCAAACGGUGAUUCCGCAAGCCAAUGCUACAACGAUACAUACUGGCAGGAGGACUGGAAACGAACCGAGACCUGCAUUGCCCAUGCUCUUCAAAAGUAGAGCACUUUCUACAUGUACAUAUAAAAUCUAUAGCCUCAGUUAAGUAUUCUUGUUAAUAGAGGUUUCCGCGCC